AUGGAAAUAUUAAAUGAAUUAUUUAAAAAGAAACCAAAAAAAUAGUAAUAAACAAAUGAAAGAGAAUAUACAGAUCUGAGUGAUAUUUAAAUGAUGAUUUAAUAUACUUAGAGAAGAUAAGGAUUGGGAUUUGAUGACAUAGAUAGAAGAGCAAAAUUUUAAUAACCAUUUGUUAAGAAAUUGAAAAAAGAUUAGAUUAUUAAAAAAUAAGAGAAAUAAAAUGAGAGUGAGGAACCAAAAUAAAAAGAAGAAAGCGGCAAGAAAGUAGAAAAUAAAAUUAGUAAAAACACAAUAAAAAUAAAAAAGAAAUAAUUUGUAAUUAUCUGAA